GUUCUAUAGUUAGGCUUGAAGAGGCAGCUCUAAGGCAACUAGCUUAGCAUCUUCCUUCAACCUCUUCGCUUCUCAAAGCCAGGUAGCUCUCUCUCCCUCCUUCUCUCACUAGAUCGACUGGACCCCAUAUCUCUUAUUACUCAAGUAUGGUCGGACCUUCACUUGACGCCACCAAGCUUCACCUCAAAGCCCCCGCCUCUGCCACCGCCACCAUCAAGUUCCUCUGCAGUUAUGGUGGCAAGAUCAUCCCCCGUUUUCCGGAUGGUAAACUCCGUUAUCAAGGUGGCGAGACCCGUGUCAUCGGCGUCGACCGUUCCAUCUCCUUUGCUGAGUUAUUGUUGAAGCUUGGAGAGUUGUGUGGCACAUCAGUGAGUCUCCGUUUUCAGUUGCCAAAAGAAGAUCUAGACGCUCUGGUAUCGAUCACCUCGGAUGAGGAUCUAGUAAAUCUCAUCGAGGAAUACGAUCGAGCAGGAGCAGCAACACCGACUGCAUCCUUAAAGAUCAGGGCUUUCCUUUCGCUCCCGAAAAAAAUAUAUUCUUCCUCUUCCAAAUCAUCCUCCUCCUCCUCCUCCUCCUCCUCCUCCUCUCCACCCUCUAAUAGCUAUGGUGGUGCCACCAUUGCUUCAACUUCUACCACUCCAAGGUGCUACUAUCAUCAGAUGUCGAAGCCAGUAGCGUUUUCUUCAAAGAAGAAUACUCCUCCGCCUCCUCAGUAUCAAUAUGGUUACCAUGCUCAUGGGAAUCCUGGCCAUAUCUACCUUGUUCACAACGGGAAUCAUUGGCAAUAACUGCAGACUCAAGUGAACUGAGACCGGACAUAUUUGGCAUAUAUAAAUGGGAAGAACAACGUAUAAUAUAACUAAAGAAAAAGAGAAAUGGAAAGGGGAAUACUGGAGCUUGCAAUAGAUAAUAUGAUCAUGAGAUAUAUGUAUUUGGUGACUGUAAAUCGUUAAGAAGGGAUUCGCUUUUUUUGGUCCUGAAAAUGAAUGAAUUUCCAGUCCAAUGUUUUCAUUUGGGUUCAAAAGCUUUUUGUGAUGGUGGGUUUGGGAUCAUCUUUUCCAGCACUACCGUGCAUAACAGCUCUUAAUUUCUUUCGUUCCUUGCCAAUUCCAUUGCCCAUUCACGUCCAGUAGAUGCCUUAUGUUGUUUGCAAGAUCCUUCCUGGUCGCGUUGGGUGCCGUGCUCUCCUCCUUAUCCAUUAUUUUUCUCGUGGCUUCGUAUUAACGUGCCCAUCACCCGUCAUUUAUGUGUUGCUGCGUUAUCGAUCUGUAUCGUCUUCCCUUGUUCGCUUUUCAUAGUUCCCGUUGCGAACAGUUUCGUUCUCUGUUCUAUUUUUGGCGUGCCAUGGUUGAACACGAGGAGCUUAAAGGUAUCAACAUCCAAGAUACAAAAAACCAUUUUAAUGGAGGAAUCCAUAUGGUGCGUGUAAGUUGAAAUGUACUAGUUUUGCAAGCAAGGAAGAGCACUCACAAGAAAGGAUCUCCACACACUUUGCAUUCAAAGGAAGAUAUUCUAAUAGCACACAUUGAUUGGAGAUGCUCGCUCUAAUCCUGUGAGCCAAGCAAAGGAGUUGAAGGGGAGUCCCCACCACCAUGUGCAAUCUUUUCCUUUCCAAAUGAUCAAAUCAGACGCCGUUGUCACCGUCACCCAGACAACGAGCCAGGAGUCGUUUUCAAAGAACGAAUGGACCAGCACCACCAUAUCUCCAUAAGAACUUAAAGAAAUGGCUAUCUCAUGGAUCCCACAAAGUCAAUAAUCCCCGCUUGUGAGACUGUAAGGAACAUGGGAAUGCAGUGGGAGGAUUUGAAACUGACGACGACCGGCCUGGAUUGCUGGUGGCCUGGGCCAUCCUUGAGAAGGAGAGCGAGCAAGAUGAGUAGUAUGAUCUACAGCGAAGAGAUAAAAGAACAGAGACGCAGGAGAGGUAGGAAGCUUCAAGACGGUUUUUGGGUCAAUGCUUGCAGGGUUCUUGUACCUAUGGUGAAUCUCAUGCUUAGAACAUUCCUUAACUCUUAUUGAUGUUGCUAUUCUAUGUAUUUUUAUCU